UUUAGUUCGCUUACGAUCUUGCCCGAAUUGAGAUCGUCUCAGCUACCGCCUUUGCUGAACCGCGAACCGCGAACCGCGAACCGCGAUCGAAACAAAACAAAUCAAAAUAAAUAAAUAGUACUCGCAACAACAGAAGCAGCAUGAGCGAAGAUCAACUUUCUCAAGAUUAGCUCAAUGGCUCUGGGGAGUGAUAACUCGGUCUGAGAAAAUAUUUUGGUACAAUAUCUGAAACAAACUGUCGGAACGUCACUAUUUUGAGGAGAGGGCUUGAAGAGGUCUGUCUGGAUGCGACUGCCCCCGAUACAGUUAAGAUCCGCGGCCGCCGAACCACAUCAUGCCACUCGAUCCGCGCCCGUCCACGCGCCAGGUUGUUUUCUAGAUCCCAUCCCCAAGAAGCCAGCUAAUUGCCCGCGAAAAUUAAGAAACAUUUGUGACCAACUGUGUGCAUGUGUGUUUGAGAGUCUGAGUGCCGGUGCCCCAAAGCGGAAGAGACCGAUGUGCCAAGUGAGAUCGCGACCCAAGUAAGACCAAUUAGGAUGGUGCAGAGCGAGAAUCCCAGCUGUCUGGGACCCGAGGAGCAGGAUGUGGAGGCCAACAGCCCAGGGGUUCGGGAUGAGUCCGAUGUUGAGUCCAGACUACUGGACAACGGCAAGGCCUACAACAAGGAGAGGGAGGCGGGCAUCAAUCUGGGGGACGAGGAGCCCACUCCCAGGACAGGCAAAACCAAAAAGAAGAAACAGAAAUCCGCGCAGGAUCGCCUUAUGACGGCGGAAAUCAACAAACUGCUGGAGGAAUCGCCGCUGGAGAAGAACGUGACUUGCGGCUUUUGGAUAUUCAAGGGAAAGUUCUACCAGCGCUUUGCCAAUCAAACAGCUUAUGUUCUACUCUACGGCAUCGUAGGCUGUAUCUUUUCGAUGACGUAUGCCUACUUCAAUGGCACGAUCACCACCAUUGAGAAGCGUUUUAAGAUACCCUCGAAGAACACAGGCAUUAUCUCGGUGGGAAAUGACAUUAGUCAGACUUUGGUGUCUGCAGUGCUGGCCUACUAUGCGGGAAAGGGCCAUCGGCCGAGAUGGAUUGGUUUGGUAAGACUUGUACAUUUACUGGUAAAGUUUUUCGCGUCUCCGGGAAUUAUAAAACUGUUUGCCUUAGGCCUUCUCACCAUCGUCCUGUUCUGCGUUCUAACCACCGCACCACAUUUUCUCUACGGACCCGGAGAGGAUGCACUGGCUCUGACCUCGGAGUUUGGCGGGAUGCCCGAUGAGAAUGCCACCAUGGAGGCCAUCGAGGAGCAGCGAUCGAAGACCCUUUGCCGCUUGAAUGGAGGCGGAGCGGAGUGCGAGGUCGGCGAAGGGAACUUCGCACCACAACUGCUGCUCUUUGUGGCGCAGUUUAUAUCCGGAAUUGGGGGAUCCCUGUACUACACUUUGGGUGUAUCUUACAUGGACGAUAACACUAAAAAGUCCAAGACUCCUGCUUUGCUGAGUCUCUCGUAUUUCCUGCGCAUGUUGGGUCCUGCCAUCGGAUAUGCUUUGGCAUCCUUCUGCCUGCGGCUAUACAUUGCACCGCAGAUGCAUCCGGUGAUCAACAACAAGGAUCCCCGCUGGCUGGGUGCCUGGUGGUUGGGCUGGCUGGUGAUGGGCGGUCUGCUCUCCUUCUCCGGCGUAUUCCUCUCCAUGUUUCCCAAGGAAUUACCCAGAGCAGUUGCCCGCCGGAAGGUGGAGGAGAACCGUCGGCGUGAAAAGGAGCGACUCUCGUUAAAGCACACGGAGAAGGAGCGCCUGACUGCCGAACUGGACCAGAAGGCACCGGUGGAGGCGAAAGCCUCCUUCCAGGACAUGCUGAAGACCUUCCGCCGCCUGAUCACCAACAAGACGUACAUGUGCAACACCCUGUCGAGCAUCUUCUACCUGGUGGGCUACACACCCUACUGGAUAUUCACGCCCAAGUACAUCGAGGUGCAGUACCGCCAGUCGGCGGCCACUUCCUCCAUGGUCACCGGAACAGUGGCUCUGGCCUUCUCCGCCGUGGGAGUGCUGCUGUCCGGCUUCAUCAUCUCACGGUAUAAGCCAAGGGCCAGAUAUAUGGCCGCUUGGAACGUGAUUGUGGGCUUCCUCACGGUGGCCGGAAUUCUGGCCUACGCUUUCAUCGGCUGCCCGGGCAAUGAGAGUUCGGUGAUAGUCAAUAUUCACGAUAGCUCCCUAGCUAGCAACACCACCACCUGCAAUUCGGCCUGCUCCUGCGACUACGUCCGGUACUCUCCAGUUUGUGGAGAAAACAAAAUGACCUACAUAUCCGCCUGCCAUGCGGGAUGCAAAAGUUUGCACGUCAAUUCGGAGGGGAAAAAGAUCUUCUAUGAUUGUUCCUGCAUUCCUGGCAACGAGAGCGGCAAUUCCACCAGCCAAUUCAAGCGCCUUACUAGCUCCGAUUUGAGCAGCGAUAACUUCGGCCAGGACACUUCGGCUCUAACCCAAUUGGAGGAUCUAGCGAAGGGGCAGGCGAUGCCCGGAGCCUGUCCUGUGAACUGCUGGACGCAAUUCGUGGCCUUUUUGGCCGUAAUGUGCUGCCUGAAGUUCGUGGGAGCUAGCGGCAGAGCCUCCAAUUUCCUGGUCUCCGUGCGUUGUGUUCCGGAAAAGGACAAGACGGCUGCCAUGGGCUUUGGCAUGACCCUGUGCUCGAUGCUGGCCUUCAUUCCCAGUCCGAUUUUCUUCGGUUGGGUCUUCGACAGGGUCUGCCUGGUGUGGGGCAAGACCUGCACAAAUAAGGGAAACUGCUGGCUCUACGAUCCGCUCUCCAUGAGAUACACCCUGAACUUCACCGCAGCCGUCUUUAUUGCCAUUGGAGCCAUUUUCGAUCUGGGGGUGUGGUACUACGCCAAGGACCUGCAAAUCUUCGACGAGGACGUUAAAGAGGUGGAGAUGAAGAUUGUGCAGCACGAGGAGGAGGCCAACAACGAGAAGAAUACAGAGAUCUAGACAUAAGUUAUUUUUACCCAUAAGUGCUGUGUCAAGCGAGAGUUUUGGUGCCUUGAGUUGUCAAUAUCCAUGUGUGAUUUCCCCUGUAGAGUCCAGUACCAUAAUAAACGGUAUUGUAACAGUAAGGUUGCCCCACUUUAUAUACUCGUAUGGUAAUUGCUGACAAUUAAAGAACAGAUCCCGAUUAGAAAGAUAAA